UUUAGGUCAAAUUGCGUUGUCAUGUCCAAUGUUAAGAAGCUAUUCCCCUCUACUCGUUGUAUUGAUUCGUUUGUCAUUCUGUCUUAGUAUAAAAGUGUAUUUCAUCGUUUAGUGCACCAGAUUACAAAUGUGACUUGGAAGUUCUUUUCGCGAUUAUCUUGGCAGGCAAUCUAACAUUUUGUGGGAACACUCCUCGGCAAAAAUCGGAAUUGCAAGAGUGUGUGUAUUUAGAACGAACGUCUUUUCCUCAGACACACUGACGUAAUGACACAGAAGAAUGAAGCCUGUAUCAACGACUUGCUGAACAUGUCCGAUCCUUCAGACACCAACAAUUGCCAGAGCGAAGUCUCCCAGUGUUACACAGGAUGUAACAUUCUUGUAACAGGCGGUUCCGGCUUCCUCGGCAUACUUCUGAUAGAAAGAUUAUUGCGAUGCUGCCCGGGUAUAAGAAAGUUGUACAUGUUUAUAAAAGAGAAGAAAGGAAAAUCAGCGAAAGAGCGAUUCAAAGAGCACUUUGACAAUGUUGUUUAUGAUAAAUUGAAGAAAGAGCAGCCUGACUUUAUUAGCAAAGUAGUAAUGAUAGAGGCUGACAUGGGCGAGGCAGAUUUCGGCAUAUCGCCAGAAAAUCGGAAACGUCUCUUAGACACAAACAUAAUCUUCCACUUGGCGGCGGCCGUGCUAUUUAAUCGGACGAUUCAAUUUAUGGUUAACGUUAACGUAAGGGGAACCAAAGAAAUUCUUCUUUUCGCGAGGGAGAUGCCGGGCUUAAAGGCAUUCGUUUAUGUGUCGACCGCAUAUUCUUACUGUAUGCACAAAGCGAUAGAUGAGAAAUAUUACACUCCGCCUCUGGAGACGGACAAGAUAUUAACGUUGCUCAAUGUUCUGGAUGAUAAGACAUUGGAGAAAAUAACACCGAUAUUAAUAGGCGAAUGGCCGAAUACUUAUGUGUACACUAAGGCGAUCGCCGAAGACACGGUGCGACAAUACAGUGUUGGAUUGCCAGCCUGCAUUGUACGCCCAUCGAUUGUAAUAGCAACAGCGAAGGAUCCGAUAGCUGGAUGGAUCAACAACGUAUAUGGAGCGACGGGCAUUCUAGUGGGCGCUGCCAUGGGUUUCCUACGUUGUUUACAUUGUGUGUCCGAAAAUAAGGCGGACAUAAUACCCGCGGAUUACGUAAUCGCGAACAUCAUUGUCGCGGCUUGGGACACCGCUAAAAGGAAAAAUACUUUACUUAGCAUUGACAACACAGAUCCGAAUAUUUCGGAAACUAAGAGAGUGCCAAUUUACAAUUACGUGUCGUCGACCCAAAAUCCUGUUACUUGGAAGACGUUCAUGUAUUUGAUCGAGAAACACGGCUUGAAUAUACCGCCUCUGAACGCUAUCUGGUACUAUAUGCUCCUUUUAAUUAGAUACCGAUUUGUAUAUGAAAUAUGCACGAUAUUUUUGCAUACAAUACCCGGUGCCAUAUUUGACAUUCUGGCUGUCCUCACUGGCCGAAGACCCAUACUGUUGAAAAGUUACAAAAAGUUACAUACAUUUAACGGAGUGAUAUCAUACUUCGCGACGCGUGAAUGGCAAUUUCGCAAUGACUCGGUUGUGAAGCUCUGGAAUUGUCUAAAUCCAAUUGAUCGUGAAAUUUUCAAUUUCAACAUACAAGACUUGUCCUGGGACGAAUAUAUUAAGAACAUGAUAUUCGGGCUUCGUAUGUACAUGGUUAAAGAAUCGAUAGAUAACUUGGAAGAAGCACACGUGAGAUAUAAGAAAUUGAAGGUCGCCCACUAUACGUUGUUAACCACCGGCUCGAUUUUGCUACUAUGGUUUUUCGUAAAUUUAAUAUAUUUUACAAUAUCGUUCUUUCUGUAAAAUUUUUUGUUCCAUUUGUUAAAUUAUGUUUAACGUAAAGAUAAAUGUGAAGUUUAUGUAUUCUUUUCCAUGUAUUGCAUCCACUUAAAACAAUGAAAUAAUUGAUGCUACGAGCAUUGUUUUGUA